CAGUGCUGCUCUGGCGAGACUUUUCUCGCUCCGACUCCUUGAUGUGAUCGCUUGCGGGAGAUUUUUCGUUCCCUCACCCAGAGAGGCAGGCAGGAUGACGACUGAGCAAGCGUGACAUGAGAGCGGCAGGACUGAGCCAUGGCGGCUUUCGACACCCCGCAGGAGGCGUUUGGGGUCUUGCGCCCGGUUUGUGUGCAGCUGACCAAAGCGCAGACGGUGGAGAAUGUGGAGCUCCUCCACUCCCAGCUCCGGGUGGUCAGUGACUCUGCCCUGCAGGAGCUGCAGGAGUACGUCCUCUUUCCUCUGAGAUUCACCCUCAAAACGCCGGGGCCCAAGCGAGAGCGUGUGGUCCAGAGUGUGGUGCAGUGUGUGAGGUUUGUGCUCUCCGCAACGUGUGUGAAGAAGCCGCAGCUCCUCCUGGAACUUUUCUCGGAACUCUGCAUGUGCCUGGCCUCUCCCUCCAGCCCCCACCAGCUGGCCCCAUUGUCGGAAGAGUUAAAGCAGGCCGUGAUCCAGGCGCUUCUUGCUCUGCUGCAUUCGGCUUACGGGGAUGUCAUCGUGUCUCUGUACCAGCCCUCCACCCUUCCCCACUUGGGGUUCGCCGUGUCCUUGCUCCUCUCCUUGGCAGAGCAGGAGAAAGCCAAGCAAAUCAAGAUCGCCGCCUUAAGAUGUCUGCAAGCUCUCCUUUUGCAGUGUGACUGCCAGGAGUGUCACAGGACCCUGGACGGGGAGGAGACGAGGCGAUGUGGAGAUCUGUUCGCUUCUUUCCUGCCUGGGAUCUCUCUCGCGCUGUCCCGGAUUAUCGCAGGAGAUGUGAAGCAAGGUCACGCGGUCGUCGUUUCAGCCCUCAAACUCUUCUCUCGAGCGAUAAGUCUGAUAAUGGCUGAUGAGCAGCUGGCGCAGAUCUCACCAGAGAAGGAGGCCUCAGCCCUGGGGCAGAGCAGAAUAUCAGAACUCGUGGUGCACAGAGGCCUGGACUGGACGAAGAGCACCGCGGCCAAACUCUCCAUCCUCAUGAAAAAGGUGGUUGAAUCUGUCUCUGUUCACCCUCACUGGAAGGCAAGAAAGGCGCUCAUAGAAAUGGUCCGCCUCCUGAUGACAACGUGUGGCCGGUCUUUGGUGGAAUCUGUUGGCCAACUUCUGAAAGCCUUAGUUGGUCUAGUUAAUGAUGAGAGGCCCGAGAUCCAAGCUCAGAGUAACGAGGUGCUGAGGAGCAUUGCAGAGCAGGGAAUGGUGGCCAAGAACAGGCUUCUUGCUGACGUCCUUUUGGAGGACCUCCACUCCCUCGCCACAGCACUUCCCCGCUUAAUGACCUCCCAGGACGACCAGGGCAAAGCUUCCACCUUGAACUUGCUCCUGGGGUACUUGAAGCUGCUGGGCCCAAAGGUGAACCUCCUUCUCAACUCCACUUCCCAUCUCCAGCGCCUCUCCAGAGCGCUCAUGCAGGUCCUGGAGCUGGAUGUGAAGGAUGUGAGGAUCGUGGAGGGAAGGCGGCUGGGGGAGCCUUUGGGAACUUUGCUAGAGUGGUUGCCACCUAUGGGCAGCAUCCAGAGGAAGUGCUUCCGUUUUUUCACCGAUGAUCGGAUAUUGUUUCUGCUCUGGCAGAUCUGCCAGGUUCUCGGUUACUAUGGGAACCUCUAUUUGCUGGUGGACCAUUUCAUGGAGCUGUAUAGAGAAUCUGCUCUGUACCGGAAGCAGGCUGCGAUGGUUGUCAAUGAACUGAUCGCUGGAGCCACAGGGCUGGAGGUGGACAUCCUUCAUGAACGGGAAGCUGUGCUGAGCGCUGAGGAUCUUAAAGGGGUCGUAACUUCCGUGUUAGAAGAAUACGUGGACCAAGCAAAUUGGCAUUUGGUCACCAGCAUCGAGGCCGAAGAGCUCACCACUGAACCAGCAGCGAAAUACUCUGAGCUUUUAGCCGCUCCAUCUGCAACACGCAGCCAGCCUCUUCCUCCCACAGAUUCCAAGCCCACCGUCCACUCCAUGAACAGCAGCAUCUGGCAAAUCUGCAUCCAGCUGGAAGGGAUCGGUCGCUUUGCCUAUGCACUUAAGCACGGCUUCCGUUUGCUGUUAAUCUCGGCCUUGUACCCCGUUCUGGAAAAGGCAGGAGAUGGCACCCUACUUAUCAGCCAGGCGGCCAGGGGGGCCAUGGCGAGCAUCUGCCACUCCUGUGGUUACGGCUCCAUCCCUGACCUCAUCAACCAGAAUGCUGACUACCUGGUGAACGGCAUCUCGCUCCACCUGCGCCAUCAGGCGCACGAGCACCGUGCCUCGCGGGUCCUGGAAGCCAUGCUGCGACACUCAGAUGCCAACGUGCUGCCAUUGGUGGAGGACGUCAUUCAAGACAUCCUGGCCAGACUCGACCAGUGUCACAGUGACCGAGCGCCUUCAUUCCUUGGGGUCAUGCAGACGCUUCUGCUGAUGCUGGCUUCCUGGUUCGCUGUGGAGCCCCAAAUGAAGAAGGAUCUGGAGCAAGAAGGUGGCCCUUUUCGGGGAGCGGCCGGACAGCGUGACAAAAUGCCUUCCCCGCCGCCCACAGCAGAGGCCCUGGAAGAGUUCUUCCUGGAGUAUGUCAAGGAGAAGCAGAUUGCGGAGGGUGAUCUCUCAGAUGCUGAGGAUGAGGGUGAAGAAGUGCAGGUGCCUGAUUCAAAGCCUGAAGCACACGAGGAGAGCGACGAGGUGGAGGGCCCGCUGGCACCCCAUGCCCAGACUGCUGAGGCUGUGAUGGAGAGAUGCGUCCACUUACUCUCCGACAAGAGUCUUCGUGUGCGACUGAAGGUCCUGGAUAUCUUGGAGCUCUGUGUGAUGGUGCUCUGCACACAUGAAAACCACCUCCUUCCACUGGCUCAUCGGACAUGGCCUGCCCUGGUCCAGCGCCUGACUAAUGAUGACCCUCUGGCCGUACUCAGAGCCUUCAAGGUGCUGUGCACUUUGGGAGCCCACAGUGGCGAAUUCCUGAGGCGGCGAUUCUCCAAGGACGUCCUGCCCAAGUUGGUGUGCUCUCUUGUCACUCAGGCGCCUGUCAGUGCCCGCGCCGGGCCCAUCUAUAGCCACACCCUUGCUUUCAAGCUUCAGCUCGUUGUGCUUGAGAGUCUCGGAUCGCUCUGUGAAACCCUGGACCUUGGUGAGAGUGACCUGGAUAAAGUGGCGGAUGCCUGCCUGCUCUACCUCAGUGCCAAGCAGCCUGCGAAACUGCAAGAAGCCGCCUGCAGUGUUUUUCUCCAUCUGAUGCAGCUGGACCCAGAUGCCAGCUGGCUCUUCCUCAGCAACGUCUGGUGCCCCCAUGUCUACAGGAGACCCCACCCUAGCCUGCACCCCGUGACGCUGGGUGGGAUGGAGAAGAAGCGGGACGAGUUCACCGACAACGUCCAGCGCCUGCUGGAUGAGCUGCAAGGCAGGGAAGAGGCAGCAGCCUGACAGGCCCCCUUGAAGCUGGGGGGGUGGGAGCCGUGCCAGAGGGAGUGCAACGGGGCAGAGGCACGGGCAGGACGACGCGGCUUCUGAAGAGCGCCUUGUGGAGGGAAGGUAUCGGUGGGCCAGAGACCAUUCCUGUGCUGUGUCCACAUCUUCCUGGGAACAUUAGUACUUGGUGUUUAUGACCCAAGGAGCGCUUGACUUCCUGCAGGUGUUUAAAAAAAAGAUUCUGUGCAGUUUUGUAGUUCUCCUGGCUUGCAUCUACUGUUUGAGGAGGAGUCCCUGUUUUGCCACAGAUCUUGGCUGCUGGGUUUCAGAAGGCAGAUAUGCAUGCGCUUGCGCGCGCACACAUGCACACACAGCUGCAGCGGAUCAACCACAUGGUGCGCUCAUGCAAUGGCCCUUCUUGUUCUCUUGAGCAAAGAAGACAAGCACCGCGUACUUCCCCACCAUUUCCCCUGGUCCAGGGAAUUCAGUGCUCCUUGCUUCUACAAUGUGAGGAGGUGAAGGGCUGGAAAACAAAGGCACAGGCUGCAUCCGCUUCAGCUGGAGAGGCAAAAAAAAAUUUCCUGAGUAGGUUUCCAAAGACUGAUGAACCCAGAUGCAAGGAGCAAUCUGUUACAGAACAGCUGACCUGGACAAAACUUUGCCACCUGCCUGCUUGCUCCUCUACCAUUUAUUUAUCGCAGGCAAUCUUUGCAGCCUCAGUAGCCCAUUCAUCUCGCUGCUUGGUGGAAUUGUUCCAGUGGUGCAAUUUUUUAAAAAUAGAAAUGGGAUGCCACACUUUUCUAACAACAUUGCUGUUAAAGAGAUGACACCUGGACUUUCUUCAGACGUUGGAGACCAGCGGGUGUCAUUAUUUUGUGUUAACUGACACUAGCCGAGGAUGGUGUGUUGGAUUAAAGAAGGGUUCAAUGUGUCUUGGAUGUUGCAGCUGGUGACCUGGCUUCCAAAGAAGGAAAGCCAGAGAGGGAUUGGUUUUUUGAACCAAUGUUGUCCUGCCGUCUGACUUCAAUAAAAACUGCAGGCACAGCUUCCUUGGGGGGGGGGAGAGUGGGGAGGCAAUGGCCAAUACAAUUGUGUCGCAUCACCUGUUGUGUUUAGAUGGUGCAAGAAAGAGCUUUGGACUGGAGGGGGGAGAGAGAAAGCAUGGAGCAGGAAGCCUAGUUAGACCCUCAGCGAAGGCAGGAAGUUGGUCUGAUGGAAUAAAAAUGGAAGAA